AUGAAAGGAAGGAAUCCAAAAAUUGCUUUAUGUCCUGGAUUAGUUAUUCAUCCUUCUGGUCGUUUUGUGAAACGAUCAUUUCCAGAAGGUUUAGCACUCUUUUGGUUAUUAAGAGCUCAUAUUCAAUUUACUUGUCCAAAAAAUACUCAUUUAUCUGAAUCAUAUUAUCUUCAAUUGGAACAAUGGAUUGAAUCAUUAGAAUGGAAUACAAAACAUUGGCGACAAGAUACUUUGAAAAAAGAUCAAGAUGGUGAUUUCAUUGAUUCAACUAAUAAUAUUGGGGAAGCACCUGAUGAAAUCUUACUGAUCAACUGCUCAGGUUCUCAUAUUGGUCAGUCGAAUCAUUGGAGUUUAUCUGGAUAUUUACGAAGAAUCCGUAUUUCAUGGAACUUGAAGAAUGAAACAGAGAUUACAAAUCUUACAUCGAUUACAAACACAUCUCUGUUGAAUAGUUCCGCUUCUCAUUCAAUUCAAUCUUUGAGUGAAGGUGUUAGUGACCAUUCGUUGCCGCCAUCAUUGAAAUCAUCAUCUCCUUUAAACAAUCUCAAUAAUCAACAUUUCCUUUCAACGUCAGGCAUUAAAUUUCUUGUGCGUAUCUCUUCACAUAUGUUAUUUGUAGGAAAUUUCUCUAUGGAACGCCGUAUGUUUUCAUUUUGCGUUAUUUGA